AUGAACUUCAAGUGGAACAUCAAUAAUGCUUCAACCACUUUAGCAGCCGUGGGCAUCUACGCCAACACCGUCAUGCCUGCUGAGCUGACGAUGCGGAUGUACACUUCGACCGGAUCGUCAUACUUUGAGGGGAUGGACUUGGGGGAACAGCACAGCUUUGAAGACUGCUCUGCAGCCACUUUUGAACGCCACGGUCUGUCCAUCUCCGGCUCCACACAGACGGACUUCUUGUCCGCAUUCAAGCAUUAUUCGUAUACUUCCAAUACUGAUUUCGCUACUGAUCCCUCGCUGGGUACCUCCGCCAAGAACUUCGCCAACUAA